GUGAGGGGACGGCAGGUUCACCCAUCAGUCCCACUAGUGACUGGAGAUGUGGAUAAGCCAGAACCGCUAACUGUUUUCUACCUACAUUCUACUAGUCUCAUCUCUCUGGCUUGUUCUUUCUUUGUGUGUUUAAACUGAAAACUCAGAAACAGCUUUUGGUAAAUAAACAAACCUUAUUCUCUUUGUAUCAUUUAACGCUCAACAACAAGCGGUUUCUUUUCUUUUCUUUUUUUUUUUGUUCCUGUUCAUCAUGGCGAUUGCACAAGUGGCCACGGAAUAUGUUUUCUCGGACUUUUUGUUGAAGGAUCCCACAGAAGCCAAGUACAAAGGGCUGCGUCUGGAUCUGGCCGUGGAUAAAAUAGUCACGUUUCUGGCCGUGGGUCUGCCGCUGCUCUUCAUCUCACUCGCAUAUGCUCAGGAGGUGUCAGUGGGUACACAGAUCAGCUGUUUUCCUCCAACCAACUUCAGCUGGAGGCAGGCAGCAUAUGUGGACAACUUCUGUUGGGCAGCAGUGCAGCAACAAGCAGACACUUCACCACUGUGGCUACACAAGUUCUUCCCGUACAUCCUCCUCCUGUUGGCCAUCUUUAUGUACACCCCUGCGCUGUUGUGGCGCUUCACGGCAGCUCCGCACCUCUCCUCUGACCUCAGUUUCAUCAUGGAGGAACUGGACCGCUUUUAUAACCGCUCCAUCAGACUGGCAAAGAAUCUGGCAAGUUUGGAAAGCACAGAUGCAUCCGAGGAUACUCCGUGCAGUGCUUUGGAUCUGACAGAGGGCUGCUUCAAAUACCCUCUGGUGGAGCAGUAUCUGAAGACCAAGCGGUUCUCUCGCCACCUUGUGGUCAAGUACCUGAUGUGCAGGGGUCUCACUCUGCUGAUCCUGGUGUUGGCCUGCAUCUAUCUGGUUUACUACAUCCGAUUGGCCUCACUCACUGAUGAAUUUUCUUGCAAUUUGCGUACGGGGGUUCUGAAGAAUGACACCACUGUGCCCUCUGCCCUGUCAUGUAAGCUGGUGGCAGUGGGUGUGUUCAGGCUGCUCAGCUACAUCAGUAUAGUAGUGUAUGUUCUUCUUAUUCCUUUGGUUGUCUACGCUGCUCUCGGACCGGCUCAUCAGAGCUCCAGCUUCCUUCGGCCUUAUGAGAUGCUACCAGGAUUUGGUGCUUUGGGUGGGGUCACACCCAUCUACAAUGACCUCAGCAUCUAUUUGCUUUUCCUGCAAGAGAACCUGAGUGCACUCAAAUCAUUCAAGUGUCUGCAGGUGCUGGAGUUGUUGCAACAAGCCGGAGAUGAGGGAUUCGACACCAUGUGCCUCCUUCGAACUCUGGGUCAGGUGAAGACAGAUGCAUUAGACAGUAUGAAGACGUGUCCACGCAACAUCACCAAAAAGACCAAUAAAACUGAAGAAUAAUGACCCUGAGAUCUGUCUGCCAUGCUGUGGUGGGAAAGAGGAAGAAGUGAAGAUAAAACUGAUGUAUUUACUCAAACUGAAGUGCUUGUUCUACUUUUUCACUGUGUAAUACACAGAAGAGGCCAAUUUGCAUCUUUGAACUUAAAGUUAUUACCAGCAAUUCAUUAUUGUGUUUCAGGUUGAGGCCAAGUGUACUUUAUUCCUUUCCUACUUUUUUCUGAUACCUGCUACUUUUCUCAGGUCUUAAAAUGCCUUCCAAUUUAUGAUAUGAAGCCAUGUUCUUUAGACUAAUGGUGCCUCUCUUUAGCCCCUUUAUGACAGAAAAGAGAGAAAAGUUAUGUAUAUAUAAACUUUGGAAAAGAUGAGGGUGUUGUAAUGGAUGACAGUUUGUUGUAUGAAAGCAUUAAAAAUAAAUGAUUGGAUCCUUAGAAGCUGAACUGUAAAAUAAGAAUGUGUGUAAACUUGUAUGCAUGUUGAAUGUAAGCCAAGAUUCAUGUUUUCAAUGUCAUGACAGCUCUGCAUUUAUGAAAAUUAGUGGAUAUUGCUUAUGACAUAAAAACUUGUACUGUAUUUUUUCCAUCAUAGCCAAUAAUAUUCAGACAUCAAAAUGAAGGACACAUUUUAAUUUUGGUGCAUGAAGUUUGUAUCAAAGUUUACAAAUUACCUGCUACUGUUACUUUUUUACUUAUCACGUGAACUCAGUGUGUUUUAAAUUCAUGGAUAAUUUAUGAGCCUGGUACAGAUAUGACAGCGAUUACUUGUUAUUUGAAAAAUAUGAGUUAACUUUUUUCACCAUGUUUAACAACCAGAUCUAAGGAAAUAUUAUAAAACUGUAGAAUAUAGUCCAAUUAAAAUGAAUAAAUAUGAGGUUACAUAA